AAAAAGAUGAGUGAAAUUGUAAACAAAUACUGCUCAAGCAUUAUCAUUACCCAUCGUUUACACAUUAAACUUCUUUAUCUUCCAUCUAUAAAAGCAAAAACAAAAAAAAAAUAUAUAACGCCAGUUUGAAGAUGCAGUGGAUUGCUUUAUAUACAGAUAAAAAAUUAUAAACAAUAAAGAAAGUAUUGAAUAUUGCAAAAAAAGAAAGAUUUUACACCUUCGCAAUUCAAGGUCAUAACCCGGUUAUUAAGACGGGGUAUUGCGUUGCAAAAGUGCAAAAUUAAUCAUCAGUGCUGCCAUACUAAAAAAACUGAGUUAAAUAAAUUGCAACAUUCACAACGUAGAGUUUGCACUAAUUAACUGAAUAUGGCAAUAUUAUAGAAAUUUUAAUCACUACGGAGUUCUUGCUGAAAUUUUGCGUGCUGUUCGUGCUGUUUUUUAUAAAAUAUGAAGAGGAAAUUACAACAAAAAAGAAUUAAGAGAUGGACGCAAUGCGAAAUAAGUAAAAUUAUUGACUAUAUGGCAGAACAUGGAAAUUUGGAGAAACCAACAGCGCGAAUAUACUAUGAAACAUUCCUAGAAAUUACGCCGAUCGAUGCAACUUGGGAUUUAAUAAAAUGGAAGGUGCGUUAUUUGAAAACACUCUACGCAAAGGCGAAUCAAUGGUUGGAUUCUUCCGAAGCUAAAUCACUAAGUGAUGAACAGGUUGUUGAGCGUUUAAAGAAAAUAUGUCCACACUAUGAGCGUUUACGAAAGAUUUUUGGUGUGAAGCAAGCGCAAGUUGUGGAGAUUCUCGACUCGAACGACUCAUUUCCUGAAGGUUUUAUUGAUGAAUUUGAGGAAAAUAAUGACAUGGCGGUGGAUGUAAAGGUAUUCGCUGAUUACAAUGGAUUUGAAAACCUUUAUCAAGAUGAAACUGAAAGCAUGAAUUUUGAAAAUAAAUUAAGCCCAGAAGUGGAAAUUACACAAAUGUCAACUAAUUCUACACCAGCACUCUGCGAUGUAUUACAUGAACAGUUAAUUGCAGACGAAACGGCAACUGCAGAAACUUCGGCAAACACCAAAGAUGCGAGCAGCGAACAAACAAUUGCAAAGCGUUUAAAAAAAGAAUCGCUGCGACAUUCACUAUCCGCUUUAAGUCAAAGUCAGGAAAGCCGCAAUGAAAUGCAACGGCUACGAUUGAAAUUUGAAGAAUAUAAAUUCGUGCAGGAAUUUCAAUUUGUUAAACAGAAAUUCGAAGCCGAAAUGGAAUUAAAAAAACAAGAACUCGAAUUAAAAAAAAUGGAAAUAGAGAGUAAUGAAAAGCUAAAACUCAUGGAGAUUGAGAAAAGCGAACGAAUUGCUAAAUAUGAAUUGAGUUUGAAAUAUAAUGGACACAACGAUAGUUUGCGCUCAGAUUAGUGGUCAUGAAAAAUGUUCUGAGUUGAAAUUAUUUUCAUUCCUGCUUAAUGUUUUGUUGCUUUGACAGGUUGUUGUAUAACCUUUUUUUUUUUUUUGCUUACAGUUACACAAAUACGCAAACACCAAAAAAUGGUAAAUCUAAAAUGUAUGUACAUAUAUAUACUUUUUUAAUUUUUUAUUAUAUGCUUGUGAUAACAUUUUUUUUCA